CAAAAUAAGAAACCAACAACAACACACACAUAUGUAUAUUCUCUCUUUCUUCCUUUUGUUUAUUGAGUGUGACAUAUGAAAAGUCCACAAGAACAACAUAAACAAGUUGUUUGGUCUUUAGAAAACGUCAGUCAGUGGUUAGUCUCAAAUGGUUGGAGUUGUCUUGUAGAUACAUUUACAGACUACAACAUUCAACAUGAUCGAUUCCUCAACUUAAACAUGGAGAAUCUUCAAGAACUCCUGAGUCAUGACACAUUUGCAGCUAUUGACAAGCAACAACUUUUGUCUGCUAUUCAACAACUCAAAGCAGAACAAAAACCUUCUAAACCUCGUAUUGCUAUUCCUGCUUAUCCUACCCAUCACCUGAAACCAACUCAUCGAUUUGACAUUACUCAAUUUAUACCCAAGCGCACUUCUUCCAAUGAAUCAAAUGUAUCGAAGCUAUUGGCUUCAUUUCAACCUACCAUGAUGAUGAUGCAAAACAAUAGAACAGCACCCAAAAAUCCUCGUAUCAAUGCCACAAAUCCAGAAAUCCUCAGUAAAUUGUUUGGUAAACGACUACCUGUGCCAAACAGAGAACGUCGUAUUCAAGUCACUUUGGACGCAGAUACAUUUAUUCGACUCUGGAUUGAUCCCACCCAUGUGAUUGACAUCAAGCGUGCUAUUCUGCAUAAAUUAAACAUUGAAGCUGAACUCAACUAUUUCUUGUUUUUUCAUGAAAAUGGGCCACAAUCAACCAUUCCUUUAACAGACGAAGAAUUAAUGUAUGUAUGUGAAACGUCAGAUAACAAUCAAACCAACCGAGUCUUGGUGGUACCUGUGGAAGGAUAUCGCUUGAUUUGCCAACCUAUUUAUCAUCAGCAUAACAGUCAAACACGCUAUGUCUUGAUCCAGACAAGUCCUACGCCAAGUCCUAUUUCUUCUUCUUCUGUCACAGGCAUUCAAUUGACAGACCCAGAAACACCUCAAGAUCAUGACUUGAUUGAUCUUGACCCAUCUCAUCAUGCAUCACGCAGACCUUCAUUAUGGAACAUCCCUGCAUCCUUAUACCCACCCUCUAUUGAAUGUGCAUUUGAAGGCGUUUCUCUUUACGACCCACCCACACCAAUUCAUGACCAACCCUCGCAUGACUUUAUACAACAAACUACUUUAGUGGUGGAAUCACCGCCCUCACCUACAGAUUCAGAAAGACCCAGUGAAGCCAUCGUUGGCGAACGGCCUUCUUUUGAACGCCUGUAUCAAGACAUUGAUAAAUACUUACCUCAACAUGAUGUCGAUAAAGAAAUCAUUCAACAAAAGCAACCAUCGCGUCGAUUGUUAGGUCAUCGUCCUUCAGUUCGUAUCGUAGCGAAUGAAGCCCAUCGUCGUUGGAAACAUCUGCCCAAGUCGAUCUGUCGACGCAAAUCGACCAAGAUGUGGGAUCGACUUAUUGAACGCGUCAAGCCAGGUGAAGAAAACCGCAUUGAGUUACCUACACUGGCCCAGCCAGCCAAGAUGCAGUGGAUGCGAGGUGAUUUGAUUGGCCAUGGCUCGUUCAGUCGUGUUUAUCAUGCACUGAAUCUGGCGACAUUGGAAUGGAUGGCAGUCAAACAAGUCGAUGCUGUCAUCACACAAGCCGAUCAACACAAUCAAGACUUGAAGGCAGCUUCAGAUGCACUCUAUCGCGAAAUCCAGUUACUGAAAGACCUGGACCAUGAAAACAUUGUUCAGUACAUUGCGUAUGACUAUAACCCAGACGAAGGCCAUAUCUAUAUCUUUUUAGAAUACGUGCCUGGUGGUAGUAUCUCAAGUCUAUUGGACAAGUAUGGGUCAUUGAACGAGUGCUUGAUAGGGUUCUUUACAAGACAAAUACUACAAGGUUUGGCUUAUUUACAUGAAAAGGGUAUUCUGCAUCGUGAUAUUAAGGGUGGCAAUGUGUUGAUUGAUCAUGAUGGUGUCUGCAAGAUUACUGAUUUCGGUCUUUCUAAAAGUCAACAUGAGUCUGAUUCAACUCAUUCGCAUAUGAAGGGAACAUUGUAUUGGAUGGCCCCUGAAGUCUUGGAGCAUCACUACAGUCCUAAAGUAGAUAUAUGGAGUUUAGGCUGUACUGUAUUGGAGAUGAUUACAGGGGAACAUCCAUGGAUGGAACUGACCACUUUGGCUGCUCUUUAUCAAAUAGGAUUACAUAAUGCACCUGCUAUUCCGACAAAUAUCUCGGAUCAAGCCAAAGACUUUUUACAACAAUGUCUUCAAAUGUAAGUAGUCGAUAUCAUUUGACAUGGACUUAUUUAUUUGUCUAGUGAUCCUGAACAAAGACCUACAGCAUCUGAAUUAUUACAACAUCCUUUUGUUCAACCUGAUCCAACGUUUGAUUUUAAAGCUUCUUUAAAGCAACAAACACUUCAAACAUGAUACCUUGUAAUUUACUACUACUACUACUACUACUAC